AAAUGUUGCAGGAGGCACACUCAAAUUUUUGUAGGGAUAAGAACUACUCCAAUAUAAUAUAAAAGGUGUUUGUGUGUGUUCUUCCUUCCUUAGCAACACAGGUAAGUUUUCUGUAAUCUUACUUAGUAAGUACCCUUCAGAUCUUUACCAUUACGUCCUUUGCCAUCUUCAUAUGCUGCCACUGACACAGUUUCUGACACUCACCACUUGCACUCUCUAUCUUUGGCUCCAAAGAUACACUCCAAACCCACAAUGAGAAAGAACAAAACAGCCCCCACUUUAUGUUUCACUUGCUAUUUCUGAAACUGCACACCCUUUUGACCAAGUAGUUUUUGUUAUUAUUCUUCUUGCUGCUGCUGCUGUUGUUACUGAGCCAUGGAAAUGGAGGAAUUUUUAUGGGGUGGUGACAUUGAUGGGGAUGUUCCUAAGGGGAACAGUGAUGGUUUUGAAGGAAGCAGUGGAAUGAUUGGAAGUGGGUGUGGUUCAUCUUUCUCUCUGGUUUUGGAUAGGGAGAGAGGGGAGCUUGUGGAGGCUCCUGUGAAAUUGGAAAGAAAAGGGAUGUCCACUGAGAGAAGCACUGAAGCUUUGAAGAACCAUAGCGAGGCAGAGAGGAGAAGGAGGGCAAGGAUUAAUGCACAUCUUGAUACUCUUCGCAGUGUCAUUCCAGGUGCUAUGAAGAUGGACAAAGCAUCAUUACUUGGUGAGGUUAUCAGACAUUUGAAAGAGCUGAAAAGGAAUGCAGCACAGGCUUGUGAAGGUUUGAUGAUACCAAAGGACAAUGAUGAAAUAAGUGUUGAAGAACAAGAGGGUGGGUUGAAUGGUUUUCCUUAUUCAAUUCGAGCAUCACUGUGUUGUGAAUAUAAACCAGGCUUGUUGUCUGAUAUAAGACAAGCACUAGAUUCUCUUCAUCUUAUGAUAACAAGGGCAGAUAUUGCAACCUUAGAAGGCAGAAUGAAGAAUGUUUUUGUGAUCAUUAGCUGCAAAGAACACAACUUUGAAGAUGCUUCAUACCGUCAGUUUCUGGCUGGUUCUGUUCACCAAGCUCUUAGGUCUGUGCUCAAUAGAUUUUCUGUUUCACAGGACAUUUUAGGAACCAGGAAAAGAAGAAGGAUUUCUAUAUUCAGCUCUUCAUCUUUGGAAGAUUUCUUGUAACCUCUCUUUCCAAGUCUUAAUGUGAUGAGUGAUAGUAGUAAGUUCUUCAUGUACCAUGUAGACUCAUGUAUACAUACUCAAAUGUUGUCCUUCCAUGCUUUCUGGUAUGGACAUGUACUUUUAGAAGACAAAUCAUGUGAAAAUAUAAUGGGCAUCUUUUUUGGGGUGUA